AUGUAUCCUUGGAGGGCUGCCGUGUCGUCUCUGGCCAAUUGGGCCAACCGUCAUAACCUUACCAUUGAUGCCCUUGGUCUCGUCACCCUCCUUGGCGCCGACCAAGUGGAUGCCUGCAUCGGCCGCCUCGUCCAGAGCUCGUGGCUCGACUUUCUCCCCCUCCUAGGAGCAUAUGUCGUUGCCAGCGACAAGCUGACGGAGAAGAAGCCGGGCUACCGCAUGUACAACAUCUCGGCCGGUGUCACCACCACCGAGCUAGCCGGCUGGUUCUCCCGCUGGAUGAAGGCCCAGAAUUUCCACAAGACGCGCACCAAGGUCGAGUGGAUCGUAGCGGGUGAUCCGACGAGGAGGCAGCCGGAAGAGCAGCUGGAAGAGCAGCUGGAUGAGCAGCCGGACGAGCAGCCGGACGAGCAGCCGGACGAGCAGCCGGACGAGCAGCCGGACGAGCAGCCGGACGAGCAGCCGGAAGAGCUGCUGGAAGAGCUGCUGGAAGAGCAGCCGAAAAGCCGCUUUCUCACCUUCUGGCUCCCAUCCAUGGCUGUCGGCCUCGUCCUCGACGGCAUGCUGCUCAUCCUUACCAUCUGCUCCGACGACUGGUUCGGCUUCGCAAACACCAUGGCCAUGAUCGUCUCCGUCCUUGUCAGAGAAAUUGUCAUUAUUCAAAACCGUGCCGGUAUUGACCGCCUCAUAGAGACUUCUAUGAAAAGCGGGAAGUACGGAACCAGCGAAAUUGCCUACUGCCUCGUCAUACUAGACGAUUCCAAAGCUAUCACGAUCGAAGGACCACGCUACCUGAUGGGUGGCGUGUUUACUCAGCAACCUGACAUUCCCAACGAGCGCCUGUACCUCUUCGCCCGCUGGGUCGGCUGGGUAGCAUUUACCGUCCACAUUCUUUCAUUGGGAAUGGCUGAUCUGCCUGCACAAAUCUACACUGCCCUUCUCAUGAUUAUUGCCACUGUCCUCGUCACCUAUAGGUUCGGAUGCGAAGACUCAAAUUUUUGGAGGGGCUUGACCGGUACUCCGACCUCUGACGACAAUGAGACGCGAGACUGCUGGAUAACCUCUCGGCUGCAUGCCAAGAUCUCAGUAUACCCCUCAUCCUGGACGCAUUGGCCCGAGGAUCUGAAUACAAAUCCGAUAUAUGGAGUGAAAAAUUCCGGCAUAAAAACGGCACCGUUUGUUACGGGUGAUAAAGACAGCACCGUGACCUCGUCAGUUGUCUCAGUACAAGCAGAGCCAACCUUUGAGCGUCAAGAGAAAAGCCGUCUCGGCCUCUCACCUGGCACUGACGUCGGUUACCACAGAAAACCCAUGCAGCGGCAAAUCACUGCUUUCGUGGAAAAUGACUACAGCAAGAACGCUAGCCCACCCAGCAUACCGAUAACCAAAUCCGGAGUUUUGUCAAAAUCUUGGUUUUCACGUACCAGGUGGAAAUCGGGAGCACAAAUGGAUGUGGAAUCUGCUAUGUCGAGUUUUCGGCAGCCGUCCAAUACUGUGUCGUCUGAUGGGCGUCAAGAUCUUUAUGUCUGGGUAGAGGACGUUGCCAACAAAUGGGAGCUAUUGGAAAUGUGGGAUCUGCUACCCCAAGGAAAACAGUGGCAAGAGGAAUGCGCCAGGAAGAAUUCGUAUCACCAAAAUAAUCAUGCUGGUGUCCAUCGGCGGCCACGAUCUGUACGGAUCCGCCGAGCGAAUAAAACACGGAAAUAA